CUCUAAUCCCUCUGUUUCCGAUGCAUCGCCUCCUCUCCUUCUCUAAACCCAAAUCCACAACAACCCUACCUUAUUUUGUUGAUCUAAUCGUCUGUUAUUGAUUCAAAUCCGUAAACCUAACAUUCGACCUCCAUGGAUCUAAAAUCGAGCUCUGAAACCCUAUGUGAAGAUCAAGGUCCAUACUAUGCUUGCAUGGGCGUCCUGAUGGUGCCGGAUAGUGAAGUCGAGCCAGAUGAUGACCUCGAUGUGGACCACGGUAAAACUUCGGUGGACCUUGUGAUUCUGGAAACCGAAGAGGCAUGGCAUGGGGACGAUGAAGAUCCGAUGGAACUAGUGGUUCCGGACAGUGAAAAGGAGGAGGAAGUUAACCGGGCCAAGCAGGAUCUGGUUCUGGACAGUGAAGAGGCUAAGGAGAAAAGGCGGAAAGAGGUAGAAAUGCACCCAAUACGCAAAAGUCCUCGUCUAGAAGCGUUCCUAAAGCUCAUCCUACCCGGCUGGGAAUCUAGGAUGUGGGACGUGGAUGUAUGACUUCUUUGCCAAUCAGGGGAGUUACUCUCUUAAUCUCUUUUCCUAUGUUUGACUCCUCUAUCUUGUUUGUCUGUGUGUGACAUCGUGUAUGGCUAUUGUUGUGCACUUAGUUGUCUGCCUUGGCUUACAUAUACGUUGUGUGUGUAGUGCAGUGUUUGUUUUGGGGAAGCAAUGAUGAAAAUAUGGUGGUUCUUUUUUCUGAAAUUGUUUGUUAAGAACAAAAUGUUGGCUGCUUAAUGAAAGUGUGAUGUUUGAUUGGUUGGUUGGUGAAGAAGAUGAAAGAGGCGCAUUAAUGGAAGGUGAAGGGGAAUCAACAUUUAUGGCAGUUGCCAUUUAUGGAAGAAGAAAUGGUGACAUUUAUUGUGUGCGUGUGUGUGAAGUGUUGAG